AAGUUGGAUCCCAUAAAUACCCUUAAAAAUAAAGUAUUCCUUUACAUUUGUUAGGUUCUCCCAACAUGACUUUUCCCUUUUUAUCCUCUCUUCAUUAUCCAAUUCGAAUUCCAACUAUACCCUCAUGUAAUUCCAAAAGAAAGAAAAAUAAAACUAACCCUUUAUAUUAUAUAUAUACACAUCAAAACCCAUUCCACAAUAAACACAAAGGAAAAAUGGAGGUAGCCAAAAUGCCUGGAUUCGACCCAUUAUUUCUAAACGCCCUCCACGACCUUCUGGACUUCUCCGACGAGCCAGGGCAGGGCAGCCACCAUGCUCCGUCACGAGCGUACCUGAGGGACGCAAAGGCGAUGGCGGCAACUCCAGCAGACGUGGUGGAAUAUCCAAACUCUUACCAAUUCACCAUCGACAUGCCUGGCCUCACAUCAGACCAAAUAAAGGUGAAAGUAGAGGAUGGGCAGUUGGUUGUGAGCGGCGAGAGGAAGAGGGAAAGUGAAAAAGUUAAGGAAGGGAAGUUUGUGAGAAUGGAGAGGAGGCUUGGAAAAUAUUUGAAGAAAUUUGACCUGCCGGAAACUGCCGACGCUGACAAAGUGUCGGCGGCGUACCGGGACGGAGUGCUGUCGGUCACGGUGGAGAAGAAGCCACCGCCGGAGCCCAAAAAGGCUAAAAGUAUUGAGGUUCGCGUGGCGUGAGGAUUGUUUUCUUGGGUUUUGUUCUGUAAUGUAAUAACUCUGCCACCUUUUCUUUUUCUGCUUUGUUUUCAAGGUUUGUGUCUUUUGGCUCCGUUCCUUAGUUCAAUGGCAGAUCUAGAAAUUAAGAAACUUCCGAAACUAAGGAACUGCCGUCUCUAAAUUUGUACUAAGGAGUUGUACAUAAAAUAAAAUGCAUAUACUACAUUAUAGAACGUGUUUAUGAGGUUA